GAGGAACAGAGUCCUGUACACAAUCUCACAGAUGAAGAAAAAGCAGCAGACGUCAUCGGUGAUGACAUCACAGAUGAGGAUAAAGUGGAAGCGGAACACAGGGAGGACGUACAGAAAAAAGUCUCAGCCAAAAUUUUCUCUGGUGUGAGACAAUCCAAGUUUAAACACCUGAAGUGUAAGACCCUCCACCGCAGUACACACAUUGAAAACAUCAGGAAGCUGGACAGGACAGUACCGGGGGAGAGUAAUUUCUUCGUCGCCAACAAAGCACGGUGUGUUGUCCCCAUCGAGGGCUCAGGGGGACUCCUCUCAGUUUUUGAGCUGAAUAGUCCUGGUAAGCUUCCAGACACAGGUAUACCAGUCCUAGAGCACCAUACUAAGGUUACAGAUUAUGCCUGGGAUCCUUUUAAUGAUAACAGACUUGUUGUAGCCUGUGAUGAUGCUAAGAUCUGGGUGUGGGAGAUUCCUAAGAAUGGAUUGACGGAGACCCUGACGACCCCCAAAGGAACCCUGCUGGGACACAUGGAGAAGAUUUAUUUCGUGGUCUUCCACCCCCUGGCCCGGGACAUCAUUGUGACGUCAGCGUAUGAUAUGACAGUGAGGAUCUGGGACCUGGCCGAGAUGAAGGAAGUCAUUCAACUGAUGGAGCAUCAAGAUCAGGUAUUCUGUGCAGCUUGGAGCCCUGAUGGGAAAUAUUUGUGUACAGUUUGUAAAGAUGGAAAGAUUAGAAUAUUUAAUCCAAGGAAAUCCCCAAAUCCAAUCAUGGAGGGACCAGGACCAGAUGGGCCGCGGGGGGCCAGGGCAGUAUUUGUACUAGAGGGCAACUAUUUGUUUGUCAGUGGAUUUGAUAAACAAAGUAGACGGAUGAUUUUCCUGUAUGACACUGGUGACCUGAGCCAGCCUCUUUAUGAGGACUCAAUAGACGAGUCCCCUGCCAUUCUCAUACCCUACUACGAUGAAGACAGCAAUACUGUGUUUCUGUCUGGAAGAGGGAAUGGACAGUUAUAUGCCUAUGAAGUUGCAACAGAGGAACCAUAUUUAUUUCCCUUAGCAACAACUAAGUUUACAACUCCAAGCCAAGCAUUCGCCUUCCUUCCAAAAUACCUGUGUGACGUAAAAAAUGUAGAAUUUGCCAAAGCUUACAGAUUAACCCAGACUACAGUAGAGCCCGUGUCUUUCACUGUUCCCAGAGUGAGGUUGGAGUUUUUCCAAGAUGACCUUUUCCCAGAUACUCGAGUGACCUGGGAACCAACAAUGACCAGUAAGGAAUGGUUGGCAGGGAGCAAUCAACAACCCAGAUCUAUAAGUCUGAAGCCCAAAGACAUGACACCAUUGAGCUUGGCACCAAAAGAAACACACAAAGUGAAGAAGUUUGACAGCUAUAAUCCAGAGACCUAUAAAACAGAUGAACAAAAGAAGGAAGAGUUGCUGAGUGCUAUGACUAACAAGCUGAGUAAACAAGAGGACCCUCUCCCCCAGGAUCUGGCUGAGGGGGUGGAUGAAGAUGAAUGGGAUGAUUGAUGACUUAAGUGCCAUGAAGAUAUAAUGGUGAUUAGACUGUGCAAUUUUAAAAGAGAUUUCUUAUAACAUGUAUUAAUCAUACAUAGUAUUCCCACUAAUAUUUACAUUCCAUAGAAAUCGUUCUACAGUACAUUCAAAUAUUUGUAAAGACCUUCUGGAACGUUUCUUUGUGCCAAAGCAUGUCUGUAUUAAACUUGUAUGGUAAUUCAAUAUCUGUAGAAAUAAAAAUAAUACUAUUAGAUAGUAACACAUUGCUAAUGCUUUUAAUUUAUUAAAUGAUACCAAAGUGAA